AUGUACUUCCGCUGUGGGCUAAAUCUGCUAUACAAGGAUUUAUCUAGACUUACCGGAAGGACCACCCAGACCACCUGGGGUUCUCUCUCCAGAAGCCUGGUGCUCAGUCCGCAGAGGAGAAUUCCAGAUUUCAGUAACUUUGUUGCCCGGACCAACACAUGUGGGGAAUUGCGUUCUUCUCAUUUAGGCCAAGAAGUCACCCUGUGUGGAUGGAUUCAGUACCGCCGGCAAAAUACAUUCCUGGUCCUGAGAGAUUUCCACGGACUUGUUCAAGUUGUCAUUCCCCAAGAUGAGUCAGCUGCAUCUGUGAAGAAGAUUUUAUGUGAAGCCCCUGUGGAAUCUGUGGUGCAAGUGUCUGGGACAGUUGUUUCCCGACCUCCAGGACAAGAUAAUCCAAAAAUGCCAACAGGUGAGAUUGAAAUCAAAGUUAAAACAGCUGAGCUUCUGAAUUCCUGCAAGAAGCUGCCCUUUGAAAUCAAGGACUUUGUGAAGAAAACAGAGGCUGUUCGUUUGCAGUAUCGCUACCUAGAUUUGCGGAGUUUCCAAAUGCAGUAUAACCUGAGACUGAGGUCCCAGAUGGUCAUGAAAAUGCGAGAAUACCUCUGUAAUCUGCAUGGGUUUGUAGAUGUAGAAACGCCAACAUUGUUUAAGAAGACUCCAGGGGGUGCAAAAGAGUUUGUGGUACCAUCAAGAGAACCUGGAAAGUUUUACUCUCUCCCUCAGAGUCCUCAGCAGUUUAAGCAGCUUCUGAUGGUUGGUGGUUUUGAUAGAUAUUUUCAGGUUGCCCGAUGCUUUCGAGAUGAAGGUUCAAGACCAGACAGACAGCCUGAGUUUACUCAGAUUGACAUAGAGAUGUCUUUUGUAGACCAGACCGGGAUCCAGAGUCUCAUUGAGGGUUUGCUUCAGUAUUCCUGGCCCAGGGACAAAGAUCCUGUGAUUGUUCCUUUUCCUUCUGUGACUUUUGCUGAGGCGUUGUCCACUUACGGGACUGAUAAGCCUGACACUCGUUUCGAAAUGAAGAUUGUAGAUAUCAGUGAUGUGUUCAGAAACACAAAGAUUGGAUUCCUUCAAGAUGUACUUAGCAAGCCUCAAGGAACUAUCAAAGCUAUAUGUGUCCCUGAAGGAGCAAAAUACUUAAAAAGGAAAGACAUUGAGUCCAUUAGAAAAUUGGCAUCUGAACAAUUUAAUCAGGAAGUCUUACCUGUGUUCCUGAAAGCCAAUAGAAACUGGAAUUCUUCAGUUGCUAAAUCCAUAAUGGAGGAGCAAAGAUUGAGACUAAUCACACUACUGGAGAUCCAAGAUGAAGAUGUGGUGCUACUAACUGCUGGAGAGAACAAGAAAACGUGUUCCUUAUUGGGAAAAUUACGACUAGAAUGUGCUGACCUUCUAGAAGCAAGAGGAGUGGUGCUCCGUGACCCAGCUCUGUUCUCUUUUCUUUGGGUGGUGGAUUUCCCACUCUUCCUUCCCAAGGAGGAAAAUCCUAGAGAGCUGGAGUCAGCCCACCACCCUUUUACUGCUCCCCACCCCAAUGACAUCCACCUCCUAUACACUGCGCCUGAAAAGGUCCGUAGCCAACACUAUGACUUAGUUUUAAAUGGCAAUGAGAUAGGAGGUGGUUCUAUCCGAAUUCACAAUGCAGAGCUACAGCAUUACAUCCUGGCAACAAUACUAAAGGAAGAUGUGAAAUUGCUCUCCCAUCUGCUCCAAGCUUUAGAUUAUGGAGCACCCCCUCAUGGAGGAAUCGCCUUAGGGUUAGACAGGCUGAUAUGCCUUGUCACUGGAGCCGCAAGUAUCAGAGAUGUCAUAGCCUUCCCAAAAUCCUCCCGAGGACAUGACCUCAUGAGCAAUGCCCCAGAUUAUAUCCCUCCUGAAGAACUGAAGCCCUAUCAUAUCCAGGUCUCCAGGCCAACAGACGCAAAGGCAGAAAAGAGUUCAUGGAAUCACCCACACUGUCCAGAAAGCUGAACUUUUGAGUUUUGUCCUCUUUGCUUCCCCAGGGCUGAAAUUAGAUCUGGAGUUUUGCCUCAGAUCUGACAAUCAGAUGGAAGGAACCCAGACAACAUACUUCACCACAGUGAAGAAACAGAUAGAUGAUAUCCCAUUUUGACUUGAUAACACAUAGUUAGAGUUUUGUUUUGUUGGUUCUUCUUACUUGACAUUUCUUUUUAAUAGGAGAAGUGUGAAAGAGGGUCCUUGUUGA